UAUUAAAGUGACAAGUUAAAGAGUACAUUUUAGAAACCACAUCCGUCUGUUGUGUUGCCCGUUGCUAAAAGCACUUUCCAUUUUGAAGCCUUUCAAUACGUCAACUUUGACUUUUGCUUGUGGUUUAAGGGAGCUCUUUUGCAACCAUCACUAUCUUAAUGAUUACAACUAUAAAGGGGGUCUCCAUGCUGACUAACCUAGGAAGAGUAAUCACCAGGUUCCCCUGGUCUGCUAUAUCCUAGAGGCCAAAGAACUGUUCCUCAAAGGGGCAGUGUGAUUCCCAAUCCACCUGCCAUUUCCUGAGCAUUCAAAGAAGCUGACAAACUCUGUGGAACAUUGUGUGGAUGAUGCUUUGGAAGGACUUGUGGCCUGGAAUAUAGGAAUGCAGCUGGUGCAGGGAUAUCGUAUCGUUAUCAGGUCAGACUUAAAGAACAUUAAAGGCAAAGUGGCAUUGCUGUCUGGAGGCGGUUCUGGACACGAACCAGCUCAUGCAGGCUAUGUUGGAGCAGGAAUGUUGACUGCUGCUAUUGCUGGAGAUGUUUUCACUUCUCCUCCAACUGGAAGUAUUUUAGCAGCGAUUCAAACUGUGGUCAGAGCAGGAGCAGCUGGUGUACUGCUGAUUGUCAAGAACUACACAGGGGAUCGGCUAAAUUUCGGUUUAGCUCUAGAAGAGACAAAAAUGAAGGGAAUUCCUGUGGAGAUGGUUAUUGUGGCUGAUGAUUGUGCCUUUACCAAGCAGAAGAAAACUGGGAGGAGGGGUUUGUGUGGCACAGUACUUAUCCAUAAAAUAGCUGGGGCCAUGUCUGAAAUGGGAAAGUCACUCAAUGAAAUUUUAGAGAAACUGAAUACCACUUUAAGUAAAUUAGGUACAAUGGGAAUUUGUUUGUCACCUUGUAGUGUCCCUGGAUCCAGGCCAACCUUCCAUUUGGAUACAGAUGAACUGGAACUUGGACUGGGUAUCCAUGGAGAAGCUGGUGUUGAGCGGAUAAAGAUGGUAUCAGCUGAUGAAGUUAUACAAAAAGUUAUUGAUCACAUGCUAAGUCCCUGUAAUGAAUCUCAUUUGAGUUUGAAAGCAGGAGAUCAUAUUGUACUGAUUGUGAACAAUCUUGGAGGACUGUCCUGCUUGGAGCUGAAUAUUGUGGCCAAUUCUGCAAUUAAGUAUCUGGAGAGUAAGGAGGUUAUUAUUGAAAGAGCUUAUGUUGGAUCCUUUAUGACAGCCUUGGAAAUGGGAGGAACUUCCCUAACAAUGAUGCAUGUUGAUUCUGAACAACUGCAGUUCCUGGACUCACCUACUUCAGCUUCUGGCUGGCCUAAUGUAUCAACGAGCACCUUGGCAAAAAGAUGCAGGACCCGAAAUAUUCCUCAUCUGGAACCUGAGAAUACAGAUAUACUUCCUGGAUCAGGUCCUUUUGUUGAUAAGGUACAUUCAGUCCUGAAUACAGUUUCCACCACUUUGCUUCAAAUGGAAGGAGAGCUGAAUGAACUGGAUCGGGAAGCAGGAGAUGGUGACUGUGGCACUACGCAUGCAAGGGCAGCUCGCGCCAUUAAGGACUUGCUGACAUCAGGUGCAGUUCCUGGCAAUGGUCAUCAGCUUCUUCUGUGCUUAGGCAGAGUGAUUAGAGACCAAAUGGGUGGAUCUUCAGGAGCGCUGUACAGUAUUUCCUUAAUUGCUGCAGCACAAAAUCUCAAAGAUAACAACAAUCCUUCUAACUGGUCUGCGGCACUGGAUUCUGGCAUUAGAGCACUGAAGAGGUAUGGAGGUGCAGAGCUAGGAGACAGGACCAUGCUUGACCCAAUGUGUGCUGCUGCAGACAUACUACGCAAUAUGACAGAUGAAGGUGACAAUGUACUGCAAGUUUUAGCUGAGGCUGUGCAGAAAGCUGAAGCAGCUGCAGAAUCUACGAAAAAUAUGAAGGCAAAGGCAGGACGGGCCAGUUAUAUUUCUUCAGCCCAGCUCACCCGACCUGACCCAGGUGCUGUGGCCUUCGCUGCCAUUUUGAAAGCCAUCUUAACAGCACUGAAACAGCCCACUCCUAAAGCACAAGAAUGAGGAGCCAUUUUUUAGGAAUGUAAAAUGAACGUAAAUUCAUUACCAUUCACAUACUUUGUAUACUCUGCACACACAAUUACCCAGUCUUGUUGGUCAGUGGGCACUGUCAUUAUUGCUGAUUUGCAUUUGACAUCUACCUGUAUGCACAUUUUCCCUACAUCAGUUAAUACUAAAGAUGAUGACCAUCCUUGAAAAGACCAACAGUAUUUGUAAUAUAAUUUGGCAAAUGGAUAGUGGUUGUUGUGGGGUUCCGCCUUUUACAUUUGCUGAGUGUUUGAUUUCAUAAAGAGUCUGAUUGGGUGAUAUUCACAUUGAGCACUGGACUAACUUCAUUCAGCUGUUGUUUCCAUUUCAGAAACUUUAAAAGACUGAAACCAAAUGGUAAUUAUAAAAAGACUCAUAUAAAACCUAACACCAUGGGUUUGGGAGGUAGUGCAAAAUCAAGCGCAAGAACUUUGGUGAUCUUAUAAAUACUAAUCUACGGUUUAUUAUCAGCAAUGCAAUAUUCUCAAUAAUUAAUAAAGUGAUUAGUACUACAACAACAUUCUGAAUCCUCUUGUCCACCAAGUGCAUGACAACCAUCAAAUAUGCUUUUACACUAAUCACAGUAUAUUCUACCUACACUUCCAGCAUCUGCAGAAUCUCUACUGUUUAAAUUAGCCUGAUGUUGAUUAAGUUCCCUUCCACAUCUACAGUUAUGUGUCGGUGGAAAGGUAACAUUGACUAAUGUAUGCUUUUUUGUUGGAAUAGGAAUGGAGGUUUCAGAAUGAUAAUUCUCACUUUGUCUGUACAGUUCUGUUACUGCUUCCACCUGAAUUCAAUGCUUUAUGAAUUCAGUGGGUGAACUCUAACACAGUGUGAGGGCAAAUGAACUUAGCAUGGAACCAUUAGCAACUCAAAUGGAACAUUACAGAUUUUCACUUUAAAACAGUUUUCUGAUGCCCUCUUUUAUAAGGCCCAGGAUAAACCUUGUUUCUCAAUUCAGCUUUUUAAAAUUAUCAUCUUCUCAAUAAUGAUUGUCACUUGUAUUCUGGGCAUUGAAACACUUGAGACAAACCUUCAGGUAUUUAAUUUGAGGUAAUAUUUCUGUAUAUACAGUAUCUUAAAUUUGAAUUUCACAGUGGGAAAUUCUAAUCUAGGUUUGAGAAGCAUGAUUAUUCAUGUUGACACUUUUUUACUAAGCCAGUUGCAUACGUAAUGUUAAUGAGGCACUAUUAUUUAUAGAUUUAUAUGAUGUCAGAAAAGCUGGUCUGGUUAUUGUCUAAUGAUAACCCUUAAAUCCCAUUGAGGAUUCAGAUAAAUUCCUUCUUGAUGUAGCCAGUGAUGAUGAAUGUUUUAAUGCAUGUUGCAGAUUUAAUCUUGUGAGUGAGGAACCAUUGACGAAAUAGUAAUGUAUUUCGCAUGUGGAGUAUGUAUGUCUUUAACUCUACCUUGCAUGUGUUACAGGACAUAAAUAAUUGCAGCCCUUGCCCUUGUAAGUGACGAAGCUUGAGACUUUGUCAUGUGUGAUUGAUGACGUUCUGAUGAGUACCUAGACCCUCUCAGUGGAUGUCACACAUUGCAGGUUGAAGCUAGAUUUAGAUUCAUUUAUCACAUGUACAUCAAAACAUACAAUGAAAUGUGUCAUUUGUGUUAACAGCCAACAUGCCCAAACGUGCUGGGGGUAGCCUGCAAGUGUUGCCACACAUACUCAUGCCAAAAUAAUGUGCUCACCAUGCUCCAUAGAACACAGAACACAAAAAUACAGAACAUACCUAGAGACAAAGCAGUACCAGCAAAACAACCCCUGUGUCGUUCUCCCAGUGCACGUACAUAGUCCUCUAACCACAGGACAGACUGUCUUCAGCCUCCAGCAGACUCGGGGUUCUGGACAUUGGGCCUUUGGGCUUUAAGCUGUACGUCUGGACAAGCUACAGGCUUCAAUCUUUGGUAUCCACCCAGGACCCGAACUCCAGGCCUCUAAUCAUGUACACAUUAAUAGCAUUAUUCAAUCCAUUUGGUGUACAGUCUCUCUUGAAAUCUUGACUCAAUUUGUAGAGAUGUGCAAAGGUUUUGCAUGUUAUGGACUUAAGAAACUUGCUAUAGAAGAUGGAGUCUAGGAUGUGCCCUUACAAAAAUGCUGAUUAACUUGUUCAACUUAAUAAUGGACAAUUGUCUCUUCAAACCUUCCAGCUCCAAAGAACGAAAUACAGUAUUUCUGCUCCAUGUAAAAUGUGCAAGUAAAGACAAUUCCUUUAAAACAAUUCAAUGCCAAAUUUCUUAUGUGUUAAACACUUUAAUUGGAUAUAAGGGCCUUAAUAGACAUAUCAAAUUUGCAUUACGUAGAGAUCUAGGGCAAGAGUAAAGCUGCAGUGUUCAAUUAUAAAAACUGCACAAGGCACCAUUUAAUAUUCUGAUUCAGGUAUACAGUUGAAGUUGGUCACAAAUGGUGUUUUAAACUGUAUUAUUGUAAUCUGCAGUUGUGUUCUUGAACUUGACCAUAGGACCAUAAGACAUAGGAGCAGAAUGAGGCCAUCGAGAUUGCUCUGACAUUCCAUCAUGGUUGAUUUAUUAUCCCUCUCAGCCCUAUUCUCCUGCCUUCACCCUGUAAUCUUUGAUGUCCUUACUAAUAAAAAACCUAUCAACCUCUGCUUUAAAUAUUACCAGUGACUUGGCCUCUACAGCUGUCUGUGGCAAUGAGUUCCACAGAUUCACCAGCCUCUGGCUGAAGAAAUUCAAGUAUAAUUGUCACUCAACUGUACAUGAUUACCCGCAAAUACAGCCAAAUGAUUCAGUGUUACCUCGGGGCCAAAGUGCAAAACACUACCAACAGUCAUACACAGCUCACGGCACAUAUAAGAUAGCAAAAAAAUACAGUCACAAAGAAAAAGAUAGUCCAAGUCUCUGAGUCCAUGUGUGUUGUA